CCCGAGCAACAAACGUUUGUCCUGCACUCUCGUUGCUGUGAAGAGAUCCCCCACACUGGACGUUCGUGCUCAAAGAAUCUCUCCUCCUGUCGUUGACAACACAUUAUGGCUACCAACAGCGGAUUAUUGGAUAUGUCGCUGGACGACAUUAUUGUAAAAAACAAACCUCAGCGCGGCAAACGUGGAGGAGGUGGAGGUGCGAUGCGAACAUCUCGUCGCUCUGGACGAGAUGACCGGGCUCGCCCAUACGCAAACUCUUCUCUCCGUCCAACUGCGGCGACGAACAUCUCUGACAAGAUUGUCGUUUCAAACCUGGCCAAGAGUGUUACCCAGAAUGAUGUUCACGAGCUCUUCAGUCAGAUUGGCCCCGUUCGGUCCGCACAACUAAACUAUGAUGCCCAGGGAAGGUCAAAGGGAGUUGCAAACGUGAUCUUUAGUCGACCAAAAGACGCACAGGCGGCCAUUCGUGAAUAUCAUAACCGAACUUUGGAUAAUAAGCCGAUGAAAAUUGAACUAAUUGUGCGGGCUGAUGCCGCGCCAGCUUUGACACCCUCAGCGGCUCCGCGUCGGAGCACUGGCGGACGGCUCGGACGCACAGGACCGUCUGUAGGCGGUGGCCACAGAGGUAAUCGCCGCAGAGUCAAUGCUAGCGGCGUCCAUAAGAAAGUGCCCAAAACCGCGGACGAACUUGAUGCGGAGAUGGAAGCUUAUAUGCAGGACGAAGCGAUGGAAGUAGAUGCGCAGCUGGCCCAAUCAAACACGUCAGCUAACGGCAUCAACCUGAAUUUGGCAAAUGCGCUAAACGGUUCCACCUAAAUGUAUUGGAAGGAUGGAGCAGGACCGAGGAGAAGCGCUCCCUAUUUUCUGUUUGCUGGAAGGCGAAUUGGACAUACAGGCGCGUGACCGUGCCUCUCAUUGUUGCGAUAUUGUACACUCCUCGCGACGGAAUUGUGUCGCUGGCUGCAAAUAUAGUAUUGUGCCUUAGAACCGUUGAGAAACUUUUGGACUUUGUGCAUCGUCCUUGUGUGUCGUCCAG